AUGUCUUCCAAUGUUGUACCCAUUUGUGUUUCUGCAACAUGUUCUCAUUCUAAGAGGGGUGUCAGUCAUCUUCGUCACAACAAGAACAGAAUUGUUUGGUUCAAUGGUGAUCACAGGGUUCAUGCUGAUACAUUGAGGAAAUGGGGUUGCUUGAGUGCAAAUUUUGGUCAAAGUCAACCCCAUUUGAAAGAUGAAAAAAAGCCUUUGAAACUUUCUGAUUUGGGUUCAAAUUCUGGAGAUGGAAGAAUUGAUGGUACCCAGAUCACUAAGUUGAAUAAAGAUUUGAGUUCAUUACCAAAACCGUUAUCUUCGUCAAAUCUUGCCUCUCCUAAUAAUGUCGGUUCAAAAGUUCGGGUUGCUUACAAGGGUGCACCCGGAGCGUAUAGUGAGGCUGCUGCUCUUAAAGCAUAUCCAGAUUGUGAGACAGUUCCAUGUGAAGAUUUUGAAUCUGUAUUUGGGGCAGUUGAGUUGUGGUUAGUCGACAAAGCCAUACUCCAAAUUGAGAACUCUGUAGGCGGAAGUGUUCACACAAAUUACGAUUUAAUUCUUCGUCAUAGGCUGCAUAUUGUAGGAGAAGUGCAACUCAUUGUUGAUCAUUGUCUUUUGGGGUUACCUGGUGUACAAAAGGAGGAUUUAAAGUGUAUUUUAAGCCACCCUAAGGCAUUUGAUCAAUGUAAGAAGAUGUUGAAUGAAUUAAAUGUUGUUAAAGAGAAUACCGAAGAUACUGCUGGUGCAGCGCAGAUUGUAGCCUCUAAAGGCGUACGAGACACCGGAGCAAUUGCCAGUUCUCGCGCAGCAGAAAUAUAUGGGCUCCAUAUUCUCUCAAAAAAAUUUCAGGAUUAUUCAGACAAUGUCACGCGCUUUCUAAUUCUAGCUAGGGAGCCUAUAAUGCCGGGAACUGACAAACCUCAUAAGACAAGUAUUGUCUUUACAUUAGAAGAAGGCCCGGGAGUAUUGUUCAAAGCUUUAGCAGUUUUUGCUCUUAGGGACAUCAAUUUGUCCAAGAUCGAGAGCCGGCCUCUAAGAAGUCGUCCACUUAGAAUUGUUGAUGAUAGUAACAAGGGGAGUGCCAAGUACUUUGACUAUUUCUUCUACAUUGAUUUUGAAGCUUCAUUGGCAGAGCCUCGUGCACAAUACGCUCUCUGUCGUCUGCAGGAAUUUUCUAGUUUUCUUCGUGUUCUUGGUUGCUAUCCAGUAGAUACAAACCUAUAGAUGCCUGUUGAUCUUAUGCAUUUUAUGAGCACCUACUGCACAUACUAUAUGCCGUUGAUAGCACCGAGAGAAAUAACUACCCUCCAAGAGCCUCACUAGCUCUAUUAAGCAAACGGGUAUAGAGUGAAAAUCUAAAAACUGCAGCCUAGAUUUUUAUUUACAGACCGUUCUUGAUUGUUAGUUCAAUUUUAAAAGCUUUGACAGUUGAUUCUCUCUUUUUUAGUUAAUGAUUCUUGUAGCUUUCUUUCUUCCCAAACAUUAUUCAUGAUUUGUGAUUUGCUCUCCAAGCAAUUAUCUCUUUGUAUGUGAAUGGGUAUUAAUGUUGUCUGAAUCAAAGUUGUUUGUUCACAUGAUUCAGUUACAUUUGGAUA